ACUCGUAAAUCUGGACACGCGCACACAGCACAGGGUGGUAUGGUUAUGUUUACAGAUGGUGGGAGGUCCUCGUUAAGAUCGUGUUUAUCCCCUCGAAAAACAAACAAAAUCCGGGGUCAACUGGGGGCCCGGUCCAACACGAAACAGUUUUAAGGGUGUGACAAUCUGCGACCUGGCAUCAAUCCAUUUCAGGCACAUGCAAGCGCUUGACGGCAGGCCUGCUUGACGGGCCAUUUCCAUUGGUACUUGGCGCACCGGAGCUAGCGCUGCAACUGCAACUUGCAAGUUUGUAGAAGCCUAGGCAUAUCUGUGGGACAGUUUUUGGCUAGUUAUUUAUCAAACAUUAGUAAAUAACAAUACUAUGGCGGAGAAAGAGACUGAUUUUGGACCCCUGGUUGGCGCGAUUGAUCAAGGAACAAGCAGCACAAGGUUUCUGGUAUUUGCCAGUAAGACUUCAGAGCUGCUCAGUUACCAUCAGGUUGAAGUUAAACAGACAUUUCCUAAAGAAGGAUGGGUAGAGGAAGAUCCCAACGAGAUCUUGGCCACGUGCUACGAAUGUUUCAAUCGCGUCGUGGAGAAUCUACGCAACAUGAGCAUCGACCCGGCCAACAUCAAGGCCAUUGGAAUAGCCAAUCAGAGGGAGACGACGGUAGUCUGGGAUCGGGUCACCGGCCAACCGCUGCAUCCAGCUAUAAUCUGGCUUGACACUCGCACUGGGACCACGGUGCAGAAACUGGUCGACAAGACCCCCGGCCAAAACAAAGACCAUCUGCAGCCGCUGUGUGGGCUGCCACUCUCCACAUACUUCAGUGCUGUGAAGCUGCGUUGGAUUCUUGACAACUCUGCGGACGUACGAGCGGCUGUGGAGGAGAAUAGGUGUUGCUUUGGGACCAUUGACUCUUGGCUGAUGUGGAAUUUCACAGGUGGUAAGGAUGGCGGUCUGCACAUCACAGACGUGACCAACGCUAGUCGUACCAUGCUCAUGAACAUCAACACACUAAAGUGGGAUGACAAACUGUGCAGCUUUUUCGACAUUCCAAAAUCUGUUCUUCCAGAGAUUCGCAGCUCUGCCGAGGUUUACGGGCACAUGAGCGAGGGUGUGCUGAAGGGAGUGCCGAUAUCUGGGAUUCUUGGUGAUCAGCAAGGGGCUUUGGUUGGGCAGACCUGCCUGAAAAAGGGCAUGGCCAAGAACACGUAUGGCACUGGCUGCUUUCUACUGUACAACACCGGUGAGGAACCUGUGCUAUCCAAGCACGGACUACUGACAACCGUUGCCUACAAACUAGGCAAGGAGGCUCCUGUAGUCUAUGCAUUGGAGGGUUCUGUGGCCAUCAGCGGGGCAGCAGUCCGAUGGCUGAGAGACAAUCUUGGAAUCAUCAAAGAAGCCAAAGAUAUCGAACCCCUUGCUGCUAGUGUGGACAACUGCGGAGGUGUCUAUUUCGUCCCGGCUUUCUCGGGCCUCUACGCACCAUACUGGCAAACCGAUGCCAGAGGAAUCAUCUGUGGCUUGACCCAGUACAGCACCAAGGCCCACAUUGCCAGGGCUGUGCUUGAGGCCGUCUGCUUCCAAACUAAAGAGUUGUUAGAAGCCAUGGACCAGGAUUCCGGCAUCCCAUUGGUCAGAUUGCAGGUGGACGGAGGCAUGACAGCCAAUCAGCUGCUAAUGCAGCUUCAAGCAGAUCUGCUGAACAUCCCUGUCGUCCGCCCAUCCAUGCCCGAGACCACUGCACUAGGAGCAGCCAUGGCAGCAGGGCACGCUGUAGGAGUCUGGAGCCUAGCAACAGAAGACCUGACUGCCAUCACCACGGAUACCUUCUCUCCAUCCAUCUCAGAAGAAAACCGCAGUGCCCGUUACAGCAAGUGGAAGUUGGCUGUGCAGAAAUCUAUGCAUUGGGAAGGAGGCCAGACUACGGGACCAUCUCAGGUUUGUGUAUUAAAUCAACAAGAAAUAAGAGAAAAUGUUGACCUACCCAAGGGCCUGAUUUCAGUCGUGCGAAGCACUCUCCCGCCAGCUGCCUUACACGUGUAGGUACCAACAUCGUCAAUGGGAACCUUCUUGAAGAACAGCAUUGUCAAUCUGGGUGAAAGCUGGAUUACAUGUCUUCCAGACGAGUACGCUACACGUCGUAAAAAAAAGGCUGAUGCGGUGAACUGAACAUUCUCACGUAUAGUACGUAGCUUUAUAGUAAGUUCAUCUUUUACAUUUUGUUUGGCAUGUUCAGCCUUGUUUUGGAUUUAAUAUGGCGAUAUCUUGGAAAGAUCAAACAGUGGUGGCAACCACUUGUACCAAUGUGUGUCUCGGUUACCGCUCAUAGUCCGAAGAUUCUAUAGUCAGUUCGAAGGUUCGCAAUGAAGGUUCGGACUAUUGCACCCAAUAGGAUUAAAGAUUCUAAUUUCAUUUUCGGACUAAUAAACCCCGGGUGUGAGAAAUGUGUUUGUUCGGACUAUCGAACGUUCGGAACUAUCCAACCUUAGGACUACCGAGCGGACCCCGAUACUCCAGCUUGUAUGUGGACAUUGUUCUGAACUCUCACAAUUCAUGGGUUUCAUUUAAUCGGGACCGAACUGAUACCGUAUUGAUCAAAACUUCGAGUCAGGAUGGGGAUCAUUCGGAUCUAAAUGCGAAUAAAGGGGAUGCCAAUUCUAAUUUUAAGAUUCCAGAAGUUU